CAGCAAUAUUUCUACUUAAGAAAUAUUGUGAAAUUCACAACCAAAUCGUAAAACUAGUAUUAGGAUUUAUUAUAAUUACAUUCAUAAGAUAAGAGUAUCCUAUCAAAGGAUACAAUGUCGUAAAAAAUAAAUUAGCGUAAUUUCAAUAAUAACUAAUCUGGAUAGGAAUUAAACUUACUAUAUAUAUUAUAAAGUGAAAAUCGGAAAAUUGUAUCUUAAAAACAUGGUGUUCAAAGCAGCUUGUUUCAUGUUCACUAUUGCAGUUGCUGCUUCUAGCAAUGACAAUCUAAUAGCAGUAGUACAGGUUUUUAGACAUGGGCAGAGAACACCAGUAUAUUUUUCUUCCACUGACCCAUACAAAGAUAUUCACACUUAUUGGGAUGGACUAGACUAUGGCCAACUAACAAAUGAAGGUAAACGUGAACAUUAUGCACUAGGCCAAUUCUCGAGAAAAAGAUAUGCAGAUUGGUUACCAGAAGUCUACAACAAAAAAGACAUCUAUGUACAAACUACGGAUUAUGAUAGAACUCACAUGUCAGCGCAGGCUAAUUUAAAUGGACUAUAUCCUCCAAAGGGAAGCGACGUAUGGCGCAAAAACGUAGACUGGCAACCCAUACCUGUUCAUCCAGCUGAUCCAAGAAAGAUUUUCAAUGGUAGGGGGGAGAGUUGUCCUCUUUAUAACAAUUUGUCAGCUAAAGCUGCCGCCAGCGAAGAAUUUGCAAAUCUAAAUAAUAUAUAUGCAAGUAUGUUCCAGUACAUUUCCAAACAUACCAAUUCAACUUCCAUGAGUAUGACUAAGGCCGUAUAUAUUUAUGAUUCUUUACAUAUUGAGGAACAAGUGGGAUAUCCCCUUCCAUCUUGGACACAAGCUGUUUAUCCCGAACCAUUAAGCACACUGGCAGCAUCUGUUUUUGAGCAGAUUGUGUAUUAUGACCAAAUGAAGAAAUUGUUUAUUGGAAUACUUCUGAAUGACAUCAUUGAACACUUUGAAGGAAUAAUAGCAGAUCCAACUUCUUUGCCAAAAUAUCAAAUGAUAAGCUGUCAUGACAGUAAUAUAUUUUCCAUAUUAAGCAGUGUAGGAAAUAGACCAGCAAAACCAGUACCGUUCGCAGUGUCCCUUUGGUUUGAGUUAAGGAGAGUUAAUUUCAAUAAUGUUGUCCAAUUAUGGCUAAGGAGCAACGAUAAACUGACUCAGCUUAGUAUUAAAGGAUGCGAGUUGAAUUGUCCUCUGACGAAAGUAAAAACGCUUUUGAGUGAUAUUCUGAUAGAUUUAAAGGGUGCUGAAGCACUUUGUUCUAUGGUUUAAAUAUGUCUAACCAAAAUGAGUAAUUUGUUG